AUGGGCGCUUCGCUCUGCACGCCGGAACACGAGCGAUGCACCUGUGGCUGGCAGUCGACUGUCCACCCGUACCUUUUCCCCUUGUGGGCGGUCAAAGUCUCCGACUUCUUGGAGAUGCGUGGCCCACCAGAGCCCCACAACGUGGUGCAAGAGCGUGGCCUGUUGCAUGAAUGGUACCCUGGAAUGUUUGUGAUCUUCGUCUCCCACCAGUGGCUCAGCUACGCGCAUCCUGACCCGCGUGGUGAGCAGGUGGAGGUGCUUCAAGAGGCGCUCCGGGGUGUGAUUGAUGGAACUUUGCAGGUGACGGAAGACACCGUGUCCAGGACGGACGAUAUGAACCUGUCUGCAAACACACGCCGGCACAUCGCAAAUGGCUUCAUCUUCUUUGACUAUUUCUCCAUCCCCCAGAUCACGGUCCGGCAGCAUGGGGUGAAUGAGGAGACCACGAAGAGCGACGCGGCCUUGGCUGUUCGAAGCAUUCCAGCCUAUGUGGAGCUUUCCAAUGUCUUCGUUGCACUUGUGCCAGAGCUGACGCACAAGGACUCCUCUGACGUAGUGAAUUAUGCGUCAUGGCUUUCCAGAGGGUGGUGUCGCGCCGAGUUGUGGUGCCGGCUAUUGUCAAACAAGCUGGAAACCUCGGUCAUCGUGGUGUAUUCCCCGUCGGAAGCAGAGUUCAUGUUCCCGCUCGACUGGCAGCACAACAGCAUUGUGGAUGGGGACUUCACUGUUGAGUCCGAUCGUGCUGUCGUCGUUGAGCUCGGGGAAGUUGCUGUUGAAAGCAAGCUCCAGCACCUCCAAGCUCAUGGCCCCUUGGACCACUACCGCUUUUAUUCUGCAUUUCGGCCGAAGCUUCUACGUCAAGCACGGGUGGACCGUGAGGUGCAACAGUUCUUGCAUGAUUUCAAAUUCAGUAGUUUGGAGGAAGCUGCACAAGACAGGAGCAGCAUGAAUGCGGUGAUGUGCUCGGUAUUGUCUGGUGACACGGGCAUGUUGCGCUUGCUGGCAGAGAAGAGGGCGGACAUGAAUCAACCCAUGCACGGCCUCGGUGACUUGGGGUAUUAUGAUACUCAGACGAUCCUCAUGGCAGCCGCGAAAUCUCAUCAAGGCCCGGCUGUGCUGACCACGCUCAUUGAGCUGCGAGCGGAUCCCAAUGCCAGCGCCAGGACAGGUCUGCCGGCGUUGUACAUGUGCAGGUCCCCCGACCACGUGAAAGCCCUCCUGGAACACCGGGCAGAGAUGUCCCACUAUGCCUUGAAUGGUGCUGCGUCCUUUGCGGGCCCAGACACAGUCCGAGAACUUUUGAACUUUCGCUGUGACCCUUGCCAUGGCGGAGCGGGGAAGUACGGGCCGUUGCAUGCUGUGGCACUGUUUUCGCGUGGCAAUCCCCGUGCUGUUGAGACUGCCAAGCUUCUGCUCGAGCACCGGGCGGAGGUCAACACACCCUCAUCACCAACGGGUGAGUUCUUGUGGAAGUGUAGGCUCGCCCGUCUCCGAAUUGCUACCUGGGGGUUUGCAAAAUGCAACAUGAUGACGCGCUUGCGGGCCUCCAUGCCGGGGAUCUCACCUUUGGGCUACGCCGCCCUGGUCGGACACGCGCAGCUGACUCAGCUCUUCCUCGACCAUGGGGCCGAGUUGUAUCCUAACGACUUUGGGGACUUUCCCGAAGAUCUGGCGCGGAGAAACCACCACCACCACCUCCUCCCGUUGCUGGCCACGUUUGCCACAUAA